GGCACUUUAUCCAUCUAUCGCGCCUCAUCUACCCUUCCUAGCUAUGCCUAUCCACAUUGAGAACGGUAAAGUGCGCCUUGACCACCCAAAGGGAUCUUCUGCAGAAGUCCUCUUGUAUGGUGCCACCGUCAUCUCGUGGAAGACCAUCGUAGAUGGUAGCGAGCCCACAGAGCACCUCUUCCUCUCUAAGAAGGCUGUUCUCGAUGGCUCCAGAGCCGUCCGUGGCGGCAUUCCUCUAGUCUUCCCGUGCUUUGGACCUCCAUCGCGCCCCGAGCACUCUAAGAUGGUUCAACAUGGAUUUGCUCGUACUGAGACCUGGAAACUCGCCAAGCAAAGCGACGAUGGGGAGACGCUUGAGGUCCACCUUACGCUCGAUCCCAAUCCAAGUAUCGAAUCAGUCUAUGAUAAACCCUUCUCGUUGACAUACGUCGUCGCCAUCACCGAAAAGACGAUGGUCAAUGAGCUCCGCGUCACGAACCCCCAUCCGAGCGAUACACUCGAGUUUCAAACCCUGCUGCACACUUACUUCCGCGCGCCGAUGGAGGACGUACGCGUCGAACCCCUCCAGGGCAAACCCUACUUUGACAAGACGACCAUGACCGAGCGCGUCGAGAACCGCGAGCUCGUCGACGUCAAGACGUUUACGGACUCGGUAUACGGCAACGCGGAGAAGAAGUCUAAAUUUACCUGGCCUGGGGGAGGGAUCGAAAUCGAAUCGUUCAAUUAUCCUGAUCUCGUCGUUUGGAAUCCCCAGGAGGAGGUUGCGAGCAAGAUGACGGAUAUGGAGGAAUAUGGAUGGCACCACUUCUUGUGCGUGGAGCCAGCCUCCGUCCGUGACUUUGUCAAAGUCACGCCUGGAGGAACCUGGUCGGGAAAACAAAUAGUUUACACGAUUCCUGGUCGCUCCCACUAGAACAUUACUUGCACUUGUAAUCAUAGUCGACCUUGUUAUUAUGUAGCGUUCCAAUGUAGUUCACAUCCUGC